AGGCCACUAGCCAAUACUCUUGCCGGGCUCCCGGCCCGCGCGCUGUUCACAUUAAUAUUUCUGCCAAGAAAGGAAAACCUCAGCUCAUCUCAUCUCAUCUAUCUAGAGUUGAACCUGAGCAAGCAAGCAGCCAGCAGCCUCUCCUCGAUCUGGUGUUCAUAUGGCUCAGCGCAGAAGGUGGUGCUCCGAGUCCCGGCCAUGACCGACGACAAGACGAAGCAGAAAGCCAUGGAAGCCGUAGCAGAAAUCUACGGCAUCGACUCGAUCGCAGCAGACCUCAAGGACAACAAGAUGACAGUGAUCGGCGACAUGGACACGGUGGCCAUCGCCAAGAAGCUCAAGAAGCUGGGGAAGAUCGACAUCGUCUCGGUGGGCCCCGCCAAGGAGGAGAAGAAGCCGGAGAAGAAGGACGAGAAGAAAGAGGAGAAGAAGGAUGAGAAUAGUAAGAAGCCGACGGAGGGGGAGAAGCAGAAGGACAAGAAGUGAAGAAGGGAGGGAGAAAAACUCUCGAUCGGUCUGAAUAUAAUGAAGGAAGCCAAGGGGAUCACGUAUGCAAGAGCACCGUAUCCGGCGAAAAUAUAUCUUUUUUAUUUUACAAAAAUUUAUCUUGACUAGUUUGUUUCAGCUGAGACGUACUCCUACUCCUACCUGAGAGUGAGAGCUGAUCUCUGUGUGUCCCCGUUAUUAUUGUUGCCGAUCGAAUCGCUUUGCCCCAAGAAAUCCAGAUGUUUACGCUCGCUA